AUGCUAGGGGAUCAUUUUCUGAAAGAGCAGGGCCUGGGGUUCACCGCGGUCCCCCACGUCGCCGAGAGGGUCGUCAUUGCGCCCGGCGACGACGCCGCGUUAGUCAUCGCGAGCGACGGGCUGUGGGACGUGACGAGCUCCGAUCGCGCGGCGGCGCUCGUGGCGCGCGCGCUGACGGGGGGCGAGGGCGGCGCGUGUGGCGCGGCGGAGGCGCUGAUGGCCCACGCGGUGGCGCAGCGCAGCAAGGAUGACGUCAGCCUGAUGGUGCUGCGGAUCCGGCCGCCGCCGCUUUCGGCGGCCGGCGCGCCACCCGGAGCCCUGCCGGCUGCGGCCGCCGGCGGCGGGGCGCGGCGCUAG